AUGCCCGAUGCUCCGGGCAGUACAGAUUUGAGCGAUGACGAGACAGAAGACGACCUUUCAUCCUACCAGGAUCAAUCGUUGGCUACCGAGUACUUCACCAAUAUUUCCAUCACAGUCGAUAGGCUUUACGCUCUUUCGUUCCGAGUCCGAAAUCCAAAGAUGCGAACCGGCUUAUCGAGGGCUCUAGCCUACACUGAGGUUGACAGGGAGACCGGAGUCGACCUGAUCCAGGCCUAUAAAGAACGCGACAUUCGACAUCUGGUCGAAUUAUUCCGUGUUUGGAGGGGACAAGACCUGGAAGGACAUUUCCUUGUCCGCGGCUGGCAAGAGCCAAUGUGCACCGGAGACAACAAUUCAAAUACUGGGAAAAGCGGAAAGCCAAAUAUGAUUAUCAUCCAGGCUACAACUGCCCACGCGAGUGCUCGCCCCUCGGAUCCUUCCGCUGCAACAAAUCUGGACCCAGGCGCAAGCUUGGACAUUGAGUCUGCAGGAUCGCUGGAUAGCUUUUUGGCGACGGCCAAAAACAUGGAUGAUUCAUUACAAGCUCCACCCCCUCCCAAAUUGGCGGGCGACAGCGCAGAAUUCGAGUGCCAUUACUGCUAUACUAUGUGUGCCGAGGUUACUGCAAAGCCACAGGCAUGGAGGAGACACAUCAUGCGUGAUUUGCGGCCAUACGUCUGUACAUUUCGGCAUUGCAAGGACCCCGACCAGCAAUACGAUACGUUUACAGAGUGGGUGACGCAUGAGUCUUCCAGCCAUGGAGUGCGAGUCGCUGACUUGCGAACCUGCCUAAUCUGCGCUCAACAAAAUCAAACAACUCAUCAUGUAGCGUCUCAUCUGCGACGUAUUGCCUGUUUUGCUUUCCCGCGAUGGGCAGACGCUGACAAGGGCAGCAAGGAGGCUAUCGGUCAGACUGACAGUCUUGAUUCGGAUCCCAUACAGUCGAGUGCUCGAUCGGAAGGGUCUGAUACGGAUGACGAGUGGACACAGGCUACGAAGACAGUAUAUCUCCAAUUAUGGAUUCUCGACGCCACGCAUGUCCAACUACACCCACAGGAUCAUGCUGAAAGUAUAUGCACAUCUCAUCUAAGAAUGACUUACAAGUUUGAUCAAUCAACGACGUUUCGUUUCGCAGAUCCAAAUGGCAACCUCAUCCCACUGGACUUCGAGAGUCUGUACGACAACAUGGUCAUUCAUGUUCAGUUCGGUAGCUCGGUUUAUAAGGGAUCAUAUUCCCCACAGAGACCCCAGGCGAGAACCAAUGCAGUGAUCCCCGAGCCGGAGCUGGCCUACCCAGGACAACUUGAACACGAGGUUGUACUCGACAGUCGAUAUAUCGUUCAAGCACCAGAGUAUUUUGUUCCCGGAGCGGUGUUUUCCAUUCUUUGGCAUGAGAACGAUGCCCGUGGUCCUUCACAUCCUUCCCAGACCCUAGAGCAAGGCUCCCAAUUCCGAGGUCGGUUCGGGCAGCCGAUCUACAGCACGAUCCGGCGCCUGGUCGUGGUUAAGCAUUUUGACCAAGCUUCGUGGUGUUUUGCAAUCAGUACGUAUGGUGGCCGCGGUGUAGCGAAACCAGGUGUGGACCCAUCAAAACACGCUAUCGUCUAUUUGCGCAACACCAGACCUUUCACAGGCGACCGAGAGCCGACGAUGCAUAAAGCCCCGCUGGAAAUUGAAGCGGAAUAUCCGGAGGAGCACCUGAACUCGAUGUCAAGGCUGAACUUUGGCAAGAUCUAUACCGUCGAGCACAAUGUGAAGAUCCUCCCCAUUGGUAGGAUCGUAGAGGCAGACAUGUCAAGAUUCUUUGACUAUGCACGCAGUGAACUUUCGCUAUGA